UUAACUGCAAAUAAAUUUCAUAAAUUGGCAACACUGUCGCUUGGUUACUUUGUGAUGUCGUCGUCGAAUAUCGAGUGUCGCCGUCUUUUGUAAAGUUUUAUCAAGGUAUCCCUCGGCUAAGUUGGUGAACGUGAAAAACUUUUCAAGUAGCAUAUGUAUCUAAAAGUGAUUUGUCGUAAAAUUUGUUUAGUGUUGGACUUGGAUAAAUAUUUGUGAUAAGGUUCUAAUUUUAGUGACUCCUAGUGGAAGUUUGUUAAAAAAUGAUGACCGAAAAUAGAAUUAGUUCAAGUAAUCACGUUGGAAACAGUAUGAAUAACCAGACGAAGGGAGAUGUAGAUAAAACUGUGGAAGACAAAGGAUGGAAAUCGAAAUUAAAAAUACCCCCCAAAGACAGAAGAAUAAAGACCAGUGAUGUGACGGAUACAAGAGGUAAUGAAUUUGAAGAGUUUUGCCUAAAGAGAGAGCUCCUGAUGGGUAUAUUUGAGAAGGGGUGGGAAAAGCCCUCACCUAUUCAAGAGGCUGCUAUCCCAGUUGCCCUAAGCGGGAAAGAUGUACUUGCACGAGCAAAGAAUGGAACGGGCAAAACAGGAGCUUAUUGUAUUCCAGUGUUAGAACAGGUUGAUCCAAAAAAAGAUGCAAUUCAAGCGUUAGUAGUGGUUCCCACAAGGGAGCUGGCGCUACAGACAUCACAGAUUUGCAUUGAGCUGGCAAAACACACAGAUAUCCGCGUAAUGGUUACCACAGGAGGCACCAACCUUAGGGAUGACAUUAUGCGUAUAUAUCAAAAUGUUCAAGUAAUAAUUGCUACACCUGGUCGUAUGAUUGAUCUCAUGGAUAAACAAGUAGCUAAGAUGGACCAGUGCAGGAUGUUGGUUCUUGAUGAAGCAGAUAAAUUACUGUCACAAGACUUUAAAGGCAUGCUGGACAUGGUUAUUUGUCGGCUACCCAAGGAACGCCAGAUCUUGCUUUUCUCUGCCACAUUUCCAUUGAGUGUAAAGCAGUUCAUGGAGAAGCAUCUCAGGGAGCCAUAUGAAAUUAACCUCAUGGAAGAGCUUACACUCAAAGGAGUCACACAAUACUAUGCAUUUGUUCAAGAAAGACAAAAAGUGCACUGCUUAAAUACACUUUUUUCAAAGCUGCAAAUCAAUCAAUCCAUAAUAUUCUGCAAUUCAACUCAGCGCGUGGAGCUGCUGGCUAAGAAAAUAACGGAGUUGGGAUACUGUUGCUACUACAUACACGCGCGCAUGGCGCAGGCGCACCGCAACCGCGUGUUCCACGACUUCCGCGCCGGCCUCUGCCGCAAUCUGGUGUGCUCCGACCUGUUCACCAGGGGCAUAGACGUGCAGGCCGUCAACGUCGUCAUCAACUUCGACUUCCCGCGCAUGGCCGAGACCUACCUGCACCGCAUCGGGCGCUCGGGCCGCUUCGGCCACCUCGGUAUCGCGAUCAAUCUGAUCACGUACGAGGACCGGUACACCCUGCACCGCAUCGAGCUGGAGCUGAACACGGAGAUCAAGCCCAUCCCGAAGGUGAUCGACCCCGCGCUGUAUGUGGCGCGCGCCGACGAGGACGACUCGGCCGAGAAGUAACGCCGCGCCGCCGUGCCCCGCCUCGCACACUAAACACAUCUGGACUUGCUGACUGGUGAACUGAAUUAGUAGAUAUAAAAACAAAAACAAAAAACUUAUUUGUAAAAAGUGAUUUAUUGUAACAAAAUGUGCGUGUAAAUAGUUUAUCGUGAAAUAAGACUCGAUACCCCGAGCGGGUUAACUUUUUUAAAGUGUAUAUAUAAAUAAACACGGACUACGGAGGGCAUCUCGCGCCCUUUAUCCAUAUUGGAGACUGGGCGCGGUUUCCUACAUUGUUGAAACGUAAAAUAUUUAUCUGAAUCCUUGCUUUGUGAGUCUAUCUAGAUUUGUCCAUGAUCUUAACAUAAAUUGUGGUAGACUUCCUACAUGUGUCCAAGUGUCCUACCCAUAUUGUAAACGGAGCUAGCACCGGUUUCAUUUUACAGAAUUAUCUUUCCCAAGUGAUUGUGUUGUCUGGAGUAUGGGUAGGUGAGAAGACUAGCCCAAACAAACAUUGAUAAAUGAGAAAAAAAAUAAUUCUGUGUCAAAAGCAUUGCCUCUGGCCGCUUGAGGCAAUGUUUCUUUUCAUCAAGCCGCACUUAAAUUAAACCUGGCUAAAAUAAUGAUUUGGACUAAAUAAGGAAUUUGGAUUUGUUGAUGUAAGAUGUAUAAAUGUGGUUUUCUUUAAUGUUUUGGUCGAUGAUUUUUUUGUUAUCUUAGCCAGAUUUUAAUGUUGCCGAUACAAGUCAUAGUUGAGUUCUAUCUUAUAAGCGGUAUGUCACAGUGUGGGUAUGUGGAGCGUACCAUUUCAAGCGAAGCUUAGGUGGGCAUUAUUUUUGGAGCAAAAGACUAUUUUAUAGCUAAUUUUUCUCAACAACAAGAUAUAUUCUAAAAAUACAGAUGAAAAAAUUACCUUACUUUUGGCCCACCUUAGCUAUCGUAAUAUUUGUUUUUUAUCGCCUGUGACCAGUAACGAGGCGGGGCGAUGAGGAGACUCUGUCGCGGCUUGCAGAUGCGACACAUCGCUCCGUCUGGGGGAUAUCAUUUAGAGAGUUUUUGUGUUCCAUUAUUGCAAAAAACAUUCAUCACUCUCUGGGGGUUUAAUUGUUGGGAUGUCAAGUGAAGAGCUACAUAAUUUUGGCCUUGCCACAGCUUUUUUUUAUUUUAAUUUUAUGUUUUUUAAGUAUGUCAACAAUACAAUUUACAUUAUUUUUCUUUGUAUGUAAUAUUUGUUCACAAUGCAUUUAGCAUGAUAAAAUACUUGCAUAAUAGCCUUUUGUUCCACAUUCACAGUUUGGCAGAAGCUGGUAAUGUGUGUGUACAAUGUUGUUCACUAUUCAAAUUACCUGAAAAAUGUUUGGAGGAGAAAUAUAAAAAUAAUAUGAUUGAUGUCGAAUUUAUUGUAAAUCAAUUAACUUAUUUAAACGAUUUGCGUUUAUCGAAAUCUGUGUUUAUCUGUGAUAGCUAUGAUCUAAAGCUGGCAUAGUUUGAUGAAAUUAAUAAAAUGCCAUUCAAUAGUUUCGUCUUCCAAAAACAGUAUCUUUGUGUAAAGCUUCUAAUGUCGGACAACAAAAUAUAAAAACAAACAAAUAAAAAAUAAAUCUGUUAAUUUUAAGCUUUGCACCUUCUUGCGGUGAUUAUUUUUUUAAUCGACAUAAAUACCCAGUUUCUAUAUAAUUUCUAAUAAACAUAUAUUACUACUUCAUCCAGCAUAUCAUAGUUUUUUAAAUGUAAGUUUUGCAAAUCAUGCUCUAAAAAAUAUAAGAUAAAUGUAAUUGCAACACAAGAAAUUAUCCUGACAUAUUUUCAGCAUAUCAGCUGAUAUUGAAAAGCAUGUAACUUCAUUUCUUUUUUUAAAUCUUUGUAACCUAGUAUCAGUCUGUCCCAAUGUCUGAGUUAAAUUAAAAUGAAAGAAUGUUUUGUUGCCAAAGUAUUUUUUAAAAAUGAAACAUGGGGAAGUAUUUGUAAUAUAUUGUAUCAAUUUUCAGAAAUUUAAAAUUAUUUGACUUUUAGGUUUUCGAUUUAAAUUAUUGUAUUGAAGUUACAUGUUACAAAAAUUCAGGACUUUGAGGUGUCGAAUAAAUUUCUUUUAUAUAACUGUUUUCUUUUCUCAAAAAAUAUAUCGAUGUUAAAAAUGGGCCAAAAUAAACUCUUCACACC